UUUCAAAAUUAAAAAUUCAGUUAGUAAUUAGAAAUUGGUAAUGCAAGUUAUUAUCAAUUAUCUGCAGGAAAUCCACUAACUGUAGCUGUAUAAACAUUUAGAUGUUAUCUUGAGCAAUAUGAACUGUUGGGAAAGAUUGCUUUUGAUAAAUAACGGGUACUUAAAAUAACUGUUUACGUUCUCUGAAUGGCCUGCCUUUAACUACAUGGCCAGUGGCCAAAGCCAAAAAAGUUUUUCAAAUAUACUUUCCCAGGGCUUUAAUAUUACUUUAGAAAUAGAGUAUUCAAUUUCUUCCUCAUUGCCCUAUCUCACAGAUAGGCUCUCACAUGUAAGCAGACAGUUGUGACAUACCAGCUUGGAUUAGCUGUCCCUGUUGCUAUGAUGCUCUCAGAACCCUAAAAUAGAGAUAGAGAGGCACACUCAAGACAGCAACAACUAGCAGCUGCAUUAUACAUACAGACACCAGACCACAGAAGCAGCAGAGCAAAGCCUGACUGAGGCAGUCAGAGUGAAAACCCUGAAGACACAAAGACACACACAUCAGACGUGAGGACGGCCCUGACAGUGUCAAGAGGCUUCAGCAACACUUUAAAGUGGUCUCUGAGACAGGACAACAAGAGGCAGAUAUAUGAAAAUAGUGGAGCCAUAAGCUGAGUGCUAGGGAGUCUAGAAGAGACAGAAGCAGACACAUGAAAGCUGAAACACUUGACUCCACAGGCAGAGACUGAGAGAGUCAAACAUGGCCAAAAUCGCAGCAGAAGAAAUGCCACGGCUUUUCCCAAAAAUGUCCAUGAGUGAGGUGGAUGAGAAGGUACGCCUGCUAGCAGAAAAGGUGUACGCCUCCGCCCUGAAAGAGGAAGACACCAAGGACGCUAUGGCGCUGUUCACCGUGCAGGAGGACUGUCCCAUCGGUCUGCAUGAGGACAGGGAGCGGGCACUGCAGAAGGAGCUGGCUGAGCAGCAGUCCCAAGAGUGUGCUAAGAAGAAGAAGAGUUUCAUGCUGAAGCGUUCACAGUCGGUGUCUUUGCAGAUACCCGUCAGUGUGGACUGGAAUCAGUCUAUGGGGACCUCAGUGUUCUCCCCGAGCACACCUGAACCUAGCCUCCCACAGUGCUUUCCAGACUUCCAGAGAGUAACCAUCAGUGGAGACUACUGCGCAGGGAUCACAGUUGAAGAUUACGAGCAGGCAGCCAAAAGUCUCCUUGGGGCGCUGUUCAUCAGAGAGAAAUACUCCAGGUUGGCCUACCACCACUUUCCCAGGACCACUGCCCGGUUCCUUCGCAACGCCGAAAAUGAGAAAUGGAGGGAAGAGGAUGAGGUCCGGCCAGACAUCUGGCCAUACAUACAUGAAGGAGAGGACCCAUACUCCAUGGAGGGUAUUCCUGAGGACCUGAAUUAUGAGCUGCAGAUGAAAGAUGGUAUAGUUCAUGUUUACCACAAUGCCGAGGACCUCAAACAGCAGAAGCCUCACAGCCUCCCUUACCCCGACAUUGAGACCUUUGCCAUAGACCUAAGCCACGUCCUUGCAAUGAUAGCUGAUGGCCCAACGAAAACCUACUGUCACAGACGGCUGAACUUCCUGGCCUCUAAAUUCUACCUUCAUGAAAUGCUGAAUGAAAUGGCAGAGCUUAAAGAACUUAAAAGUGUUCCACAUCGAGAUUUCUACAACGUCAGAAAGGUGGACACUCAUAUUCACGCUGCUGCUUGCAUGAACCAGAAGCAUUUGCUGAAAUUUAUAAAGACCACAUACCAGACAGAGGCAGAUCGUGUGGUGCUGGAGAAAGACGGCCAGAAGAUCACACUCAAGGAAGUCUUCAACAACCUUAACAUGGACCCCUACGACCUCACCGUGGACUCGUUGGACGUACACGCUGGAAGACAAACAUUUCAUCGAUUUGACAAGUUCAACUCCAAAUACAACCCUGUGGGAGCCAGCGAACUGCGAGAGAUUUACUUGAAAACAGACAACUACAUCAAAGGAGAAUACUUUGCACGUCUCGUCAAGGAAGUGGCCAAAGAGCUGGAGGAGAGUAAGUACCAGCAUGCUGAGCCCCGUCUGUCCAUUUACGGCCGCUCUGCCAGCGAGUGGGAGAAUUUAGCAACCUGGUUCAUCCAGCAUAAGGUCCACUCAACCAACCUGAGAUGGAUGAUCCAAAUUCCCAGGAUCUAUGACAUCUUCAGGUCAAAGAAAUUAAUACCACACUAUGCCAAAAUGCUGGAAAACGUUUUCCUCCCCCUCUUUGAGGCAACAGUCAAUCCACAAAAGCACAAGGCAACACAUGUAUUCUUGAAAUAUGUAACAGGAUUUGACAGCGUGGAUGAUGAGUCAAAACACAGCGACCACAUGUUUUCCUACAAAAGUCCAAAACCUGAGGCGUGGAUCACAGAUGAUAAUCCUCCUUACACCUACUACUUGUUCUACAUGUAUGCCAACAUCAUGGUGCUGAACAACCUGCGCAAGGAGCGAGGACUGAACACUUUUCAGUUUCGUCCACACUGUGGUGAGGCCGGCUCCAUCACCCACCUGGUUUCUGCCUUCCUCACGGCUGACAACAUCUCCCAUGGACUCAACCUGAAGAAGAGUCCAGUGUUGCAGUACCUGUACUACCUGGCCCAGGUCCCGAUUGCCAUGUCUCCACUGAGCAACAACAGCCUGUUCCUGGAGUACUCCAAGAACCCUUUACGAGAGUUUCUGCAGAAAGGCUUGUGUGUGUCGCUGUCCACCGACGACCCCAUGCAGUUCCACUACACCAAGGAGGCCUUGAUGGAGGAGUACGCCAUUGCAGCCCAGCUGUGGAAGCUGAGCACCUGUGAUUUGUGUGAGAUAGCCAGAAACAGUGUGUUGCAGAGCGGACUCUCACAUCAGGAGAAGAAACACUUCAUUGGUUCCAACUACCUAGAAGAUGGACCAGACGGCAACGACAUUCAGCGGACAAACGUGGCACAAAUUCGCAUGUCCUACCGCCAUGAGACACUGUGCAAUGAGCUCAGUUUUCUUGUGGACGCAGUGAAGGCAGAUGUUACCACAUGCCCACCUGAGUGACUGACUACGGCAGCACAAAUUGCACCUGAAUAUGUGCUCAGGGAUGAAGGGGCAUAGGUUAGACGGCACGUCCAUUUUUUUACUCCACCAAUACAAAAUUUUGUGGCCCAGAUUUUUUAAAAAAGAUGUAUUAUUACUAUUUUAUGUUGAUCUUGGCCUACUUCUUGUAACAUGAUGAAAAAUUGGAUUUUUAGACUGUAUUCAAGUAUGUAUCUACGAACAAUCACUGUGUGCCUCAUUUUAUUAGCACAGAGGUUUAUUUUCUUUGGCAAGUUCAAUGUGCAAGAUUUAGGUGUAUUUAGGGGUAAAAAAAUGGAAAACAAAAUUUAUAGUUGGUUUUCAUAAUUUAUAGUUACCUGAAACUUGGAAAUGUUGUGUUUUCGUUGCCUUACAAUGAGCCUUUUAUCGUCCUCCUCCGCCAUGUUGCACUGACGGACAAACCAAGCACCGGCUCUGGAGAGGAAAAGAGCUGCAACAAUUAGUCAAUUAAUAAUUUGCAGAUUGAUCAGUUGCUUAAUUAAUCAUCAUUUUCAGUGUUAGAAAAGUCCUUUUCCAUUUUUUUGUGGCCAAGGAUGGACACAUUUAAAAGAUGAACAUAAAAUGAUUUUCACUUUUUUGAUUUAUCACUUUUUUUUAAGUGCAGAAAAAAAUAAUUUCAAGCUACGAAUAUAUUUAACUUUUAACACUGAAUUCAUUCAACUGCAUGAUUUUGGAAACUAAGUGAAACGAAAUGUGAGGCAAAAAUUCAAGUUAAAGUAUGACUGAGCAUUGGAACUAGUGAGAGCUUUGCGAUGUCAAAACCCUCUUUUUUAUGUUUGUCAUUUUUCAUAGUUUUUCAUAUGUAAAUAAAGGCUGGAGAGCAGUCAGUGUUUUCA